CGGGCAAAUCCAUGGCCGCUUCCAUCUCCUUCUCUCGUUUCCUCGCCCAGAGCCCACCCUCCGCUCUGAAGAACUUUAACCGGCCAUUGAUUGUUCCUGCCCGUCUUAUUCCUGCGCCGCUAUCGCUGCGAAAGAAUGCUACGUUCCUUCGCUGCCGCUUCUCCGCCCAGGAGAAUAACGACGGCGCAGCGGAAAACCUAGCGGAGAAAAAGGACGACGGCGCAGUGGAGGAGAAAAAAACGGUGGAGGUGGCGGCGGAGAUACGUGAGAUGAUGGCAUCAAGGAAGGAGGAGAGAUCGAAGGCCGAUGAACUACUUGCAGGUGUGGCGGACGAAGUGAGAGAGAUCGAGUGGCCCGAGUUCGGAAAGGUUGUCGGAACCACCGGCGUCGUGCUUGCGGUGAUUGCCGGCUCCAGCAUAGCACUCCUCACCGUUAAUGCGAUCCUCGCCGAGUUAUCGGAUCGCGUCUUCGCCGGAAAGGGGGUCCAAGAUUUUUUCUCUGGAUAAAUAUUAUUCCCCGGACUUGCAAAAUGAAAUUU